AGGGCAUCUAGAGAGAGGCCUAGCGUCUGUUAUGGGGCCGGGUUGGAAAAGGGUUUGCCUGCUUAGUACCUGCUCUGGAACUUCGAGAUACUAAUCUGGAGUGGAGGGGACUCGCUGUCAGGCUUGCUGUGAGCCGAGAACGGCUGAAGGCUGGGCGAGACGCGGGCCAAUGCGUCUGCCCGUUCGGGCCGGAGGGACGAGGAGUGUUUGGGCAGCCUAAUCCUUAUUCAUCGAUCUGUAAUUGGCUGGAGUGGGGGUCCCCGCCCCCAGCCUCCCGCAGCCUGCGCGGCGUGGGGGCGACUCCACCUGGGGGUUGCGGCGUGGGAGGCGCGGGGGGAAGGGUGCUACGCGCGCGAGGAGGUUUGGGCCGGUCCGCGCGCCGUCGCCCCGCCCCGGCUGCGGAUUGGCCCGGCGCGGCGUUGAUUCUUGCGGCCGCGGUUGUCGUCGCCGCCCCCGUCCCGCCGGCUGCCCAUUGGUCCAGAUCGGACUCCAAUCACCCCACCCCUCGGCUGGCCCGGGCACCGCUGAGGCCGGCCUGGUGAGCCCGCCCUCCCCGCCGUGGAUUGGCCCGCGGCGGGACCCGUCAGCCGCGGUUGUGUCUGGGAAGGAGAGAAAAUGGCGGCGGAGCCGAACAAGACCGAAAUCCAGACUCUUUUUAAGAGGCUUCGGGCAGUUCCAACCAACAAGGCCUGUUUCGACUGCGGCGCCAAGAAUCCGAGUUGGGCCAGCAUCACGUAUGGUGUUUUCUUGUGCAUUGACUGUUCCGGGGUGCACCGCUCCCUGGGCGUCCAUCUGAGCUUCAUCAGGUCCACAGAGUUGGAUUCCAACUGGAACUGGUUCCAGCUGAGGUGUAUGCAGGUCGGCGGGAAUGCCAAUGCGACGGCUUUUUUUCGCCAACAUGGAUGCACAGCCAAUGAUGCCAACACCAAAUAUAAUAGCCGAGCUGCCCAGAUGUACCGGGAGAAGAUCCGGCAGCUGGGGAGUGCGGCCCUGGCUAGGCAUGGCACUGAUCUUUGGAUAGACAACAUGAGUAGUGCCGUUCCUAAUCACUCCCCAGAGAAGAAGGACUCUGAUUUCUUCACAGAACACACUCAAGAGUGGCUCACCGAGGCAUCUGUGAUCUGGCCUCCUUUUCAGCCCCCUGCCUGGGAUGCGCCAGCCACUGAGCCUUCAGGGACCCAGCAGCCAGCCCCGUCUACAGAGAGCAGUGGCCUGGCACAGCCGGAGCAUGGCCCCAACACAGACCUGCUUGGCACCUCACCCAAAGCCUCACUGGAGUCCAUGUGUCUGUCAGCUAAAGGGGCCCUUCCUGCCAGAGAACUGAAAAGCUCCAUCAUUGGCAAGAAGAAGCCAGCAGCAGCUAAGAAAGGGCUGGGUGCCAAGAAAGGCCUAGGGGCCCAGAAGGUGAGCAGCCAGAGCUUCAGUGAGAUUGAGCGGCAGGCUCAGGUGGCAGAGAAGCUCCGUGAGCAGCAGGCAGCCGAUGCCAAGAAGCAGGCGGAGGAGUCCAUGGUCGCCUCCAUGCGUCUGGCCUACCAGGAGCUCCAGAUUGAUCGUAAGAAAGAGGAAAAGAAGCUGCAGAAUCUGGAAGGGAAGAAGCGAGAGCAGGCAGAAAGGUUGGGCAUGGGCUUGGUAUCCCGAAGCUCCGUCUCCCACUCCGUGCUGUCUGAGAUGCAGGUGAUUGAGCAGGAAACCCCAGUGAGUGCAAAAUCCUCUCGCUCGCAGCUGGACUUGUUUGACGAUGUUGGUACUUUCGCCUCUGGACCCCCAAAGUACAAGGACAACCCCUUUUCCUUAGGGGAAAGCUUUGGCUCCCGCUGGGAUACAGAUGCUGCCUGGGGUAUGGACAGGGUAGAGGAGAAGGAGCCAGAAGUGACCAUCUCAAGCAUCCGGCCUAUUUCAGAAAGAGCCACAAACCGGAGGGAAGUGGAGAGCCGGAGCUCAGGCCUCGAGUCUAGUGAGGCGCGUCAGAAAUUCGCAGGAGCCAAAGCCAUCUCAUCUGACAUGUUCUUUGGGCGGGAGGUGGAUGCGGAGUAUGAGGCCAGGUCUCGGCUGCAGCAGCUCUCAGGCAGCAGUGCCAUCAGCUCUUCAGACCUCUUUGGGGACAUGGAUGGAGCUCACGGAGCAGGAAGUGUAUCUCUGGGGAACGUGCUGCCUACAGCGGACAUUGCCCAGUUUAAGCAGGGUGUCAAGUCUGUGGCUGGGAAAAUGGCUGUGCUGGCCAAUGGUGUGAUGAAUUCCUUGCAGGAUCGCUACGGUUCCUACUGAUCCGAGCUCUGUGACUCAGGCUUACGAUGGUGAUGGCAACAAGAACUCCACAGUUCCCAGGCUGGGGAUGCUUUGCCUUGUGGAAGCUGGGGAGGAUUUGUUACUUGUAUGUGUGGUGUGUGUGGGGGGUGGCCUUUGAGGCGCUCACUCCUGUGAGGGGAAUGGUCAGUACCAGCCCUUGUCCUCUGCCUGUGGACUGAGCCCUUUAUUCCCUCUCACACCACCCUCCGUGUGUUAGACUCUUGUCCUUCUGUCCUGCCCCCACAGCUGCUGCUCACUUGUCCUGCCAUACUGGGAAAGGGGGUUCCCCCAGGAUGGCUUAUUCUGGGUCCAGCCUUUCCCCAGGUAGGGAAAGCGGAAGGUAGAAGGCUUUUUUUGCUGGCUCUAGGGUUCUUCUAGUUCGAGGCCUUGGGUCUCCAUCCUCUGGAACCAGAGGGAGGCCUGGAAGGAGUUCGCUGUAGACCCGUCCCCUGGGGAAAGAGGCUGCAGACUUGCUGCUGCUGCUGCCAGUGGCCUCUUCUGGGUGCCAGGAGAGGGGAAGGACCUUUGUCUGGGCAUUACCAAGGGCUGGAAACUUUACCUGGUACCUAAAGGUUUCAUUUGGGAUCAGACCGGAGACCCUCGGGUUCUCCCGUCUCACCACCCCUUUCCACAGUAAGCACUUGGAAGAUUGUUUCAGGGUGUCUCAGGGUCCCUCUGUACCAUCUGCUGUGGAAUGCAGGACCCUCUGUGACAUUCUUUAUCCUUUCUUCCCCGGGUUGGUGGCCAUGGAGGGUCUUGUCUGCUGUGAUUCGACUCUGGAUGCUGUGAGCUUGAUGCUGGCCAGGGAAGCAGAGGAUGUGAGAGGCAGAGGCAGGCUCCUGGGGCUGAGCUCCUUCCUCUGCAUCAUUCUGGGCUUGGGGGCCUGGACAGCACCCGCCAGUGAGAGCUGUGGGCGUCACCCUCUGGCAGCUGAGCCAAGCACUGUGUCAUUCUUGGUGCCAUCUUCCCCUGCCGCACCGGCAGUCUCAGCCCAGCCCCCACCUUUGGGUUGUAGGUUGGGCUCCCAAGCAACACAGACCACUCUUCCCCUUGCCCCUCCCCCAGAGGGACUUGACUUUCUUUCUGGACUGUUUGUAUUGAAACAAAGUGGUGUCAAAAUAAAGCCCCUGCAGGGCCUGGCUCCCUGUUGGUCUGAGUAAA